GUUUUUUGUGUUCCUGUUGGCAUGUCUAAUAGCAAAUCUUAUAACUUUCUAAACCUUGAGACUUUUUAUCGCUGUACUGUUUCAGGUGCUGUGAUGGAAAGGGGUGCAAAAGGAACUUUCAUCUAUCUUGUCUUGAUCCUCCUUUGAAGGAUGUCCCACCUGGUGUAUGGCACUGUUUUUUGUGUGUCAAGAAGAAGAUAGAGCUUGGUGUCCAUUCAGUAUCUGAAGGAGUAGAAUCCAUUUGGGAUGUUCGACAAGUUGAUGUGUCUGAAAAUGAAGAGACAGAAGCAAUAUCUAGUGAAGUACAAAGGUCUUGCUCACGUUCACAACCGUUGGGUUCUUGAAAGUCAGCUGCUUCAAGAGGUUCCACUGCUUGUUGCCAAAUUCAAUAGGAAAAACCAGUAUGCGGUAAUAUGGAAAUCUAAGUGGACUAUUCCCGAUCGUCUUCUACAAAAAAGGUUAUUCGUGUCCCCUAAGCAGCGUGAUGAAUACAAAAGAAAGCAUGGUACCAAUAUUUCAGAUUGCUAUCACGAGUGGUUGGUGAAAUGGAGUGAUCUUGGUUAUGAGCAUAUUACAUGGGAGUUUGAAACUUCAUCAUUUUUGAGGUCGACUGAGGCUAUGAGAUUAAUAGGAGACUAUGAAAGUCGUCGUCAGAAAGCAAAAGGAGCAUCCGAUCCAUCUAGAGCAGAUAAGGUACAGCGGGAAAUUGAAGGACCCUUUUUUGAACUGUCAAAGCUUCCAGGAGGAGGGCCUCCUGGAUUUGAUUACCAUUUAACUUUUGUCAACAAGCUCCGUGAGUGUUGGCACAAGGGCCAGAAUGCUUUUCUCAUCUAUGACCAGAGAAUCUUCUGUGGAAACUGGAAAGUGCUUGUUGCUAUUUGCUUGAGUAUCAGAAGGACUUGA